ACAGAAUAGCUGAAUCGCAACUUCUAACGCAGACUCAUACCGAGUCUUUUGAUUUCUGAGUGAACUAAACUUAAUAAAACGCAUCUGCAACGUUUUUCCAUCGACGUGUACCGCGGGCAUCUCUGGACCGGGCCGCGGACACCUCCGUCUCCUCUGCCAGCCGCUGGUGUCACCUGGAUGAACAUCCUCUGGCGUCCCGGAUCUAAAAGGGGGUCCGAUUUUCGGUGAGGCAGAACACGGUAGUUAGCGUUUGAUGCAUCUUUUCCAACAAAACCUAAGUUUAUUCAAACCAUCACUUUUCACUCAGACACCUGUUUCUUCCUGAAGCAAAAUCAGAUGCACACACGCAUUCAUCUCACCUCAUGUUCGAUUCUCACUACACUUUGCACACACGCAUCCAUAAUCACAUCAUAUCACUCUCAACCUUCAGCACCUCCAACAGAAGGUCUAUUUGAGCAAGUUUACAGUAUCAACUGUUAAAGAUUGUUCAACAAAGUUGCCAAUGUUGAUUGAUGUUCCUCUGCUUGUCAUUUCAAAAUCAUUAGUUUAAUUUGAGGAAUUAAAACUUUUAACUUCCAAACUUGUUUCUUCAUUGAACUGAAACACAGACACACGGAUAUUAUCGUCAGUUUAUUGAUGAAAACAACCUUUGAGUCUUCUUAAAACUAUACAAUUUGGUUAUUAAUUUAAUAAAAUUAAUAUCACAAAUUACAAUGUAGAAUGGUUCCUCUUUCAUAAAAGAGCAUAAACCAUAACGCUACACUGUGGAUGCUUUGCAGCGCUCAUCAGUGACAUCUAGGGCUGGGCGAUAUCUCAAUAUUUUUAAAAUAUCUAUAUAAUUUCAAGCAAGAAACAAGUUGACUCAGUAACGUUUACAUCAAUAUAACUAUACAACCAGUGUAUUUCUACAGUUAGCAGGCAAAGCUACCGCUAGCUUGUGCCGUCUCUAAGCGGUCAUUACAUGGAUUACAUGUCUGCUCAAUCAGGAAUUCUGGGUCAAUGAUCUGCUCUAAGCUUUGCAAUUGGCUUCAUGGUUUUAGAUUUUUUGGGGGCGUUGGUUUGCAUUUCAGCUAGCCUUUUAACCGUGGCCCCCGUCCCAACGCAGUUCUAUAAAUGGCUCUUACAGGGGUAGGGCCUUUCUGAGUCAGAGGACUUCAAAAUGUUUUGCACUACAGCCAAGCUUGGUUUAUGCUUCACGCGUCCGUGGGGUCCGCAAUGCUCUGUGCGGCCAAAUUACGUCAUUUUAACAACCACGCCCCUUUGCGUGGUCUCCGUGCAGCCCAAAGUUUCCGCACCACGCACCUAGGAAAUUUUCUAACCACACGGACGGUCCUGUGUGGAAAAGCAUUGCGAAUUAGCAAGCGCUCGUAGUGGCGGAGGUUCUUAAGUACAGACAUCUUUGUGAUUCGGUCCAUAAAGAUCACUGUGAUCAAAAUAUUGUUAAUAAUUGCUGUCACAGUCGGAAAAGACAAGGACACAGUGAAAGAAUGUUGUAAUCAACAGUAAUUUCUACUUCUACUAUGAUGUAGUGUUGGAUGCAUGCCGUAGAGCUCCAUGCCGUCCUCUACAGUCUGGGAGAAUAUCAGCUCACAGCGGAGAAAAGCUGCAGAGGGUAGGAAGGAACCCAUCCAUCCAUUUUCAUCCGCUUAUCCGGAGUCGGGUCGGGGGGUCAGUAGCCUAUGUCGAGAGGUCCAGACUUCCCUCUCCCCAGCCACUUGUCCUGGGUCUACCAUUAGGUCUCCUCCCGGUUGAACGUGCCCGGAAAACCUCACCAGGGAGGCGUCCAGGAGGCAUCCAGACCAGAUGCCCAAGCCACCUCGACUGGUUCCUCCAUGUGGAGGAAGGAAGGAACCCUAAACGCUGCAAGUUCCGAUGCGCAUCUCAUUUCCGCGCGGAAUGUACUUGCAUCAAGCAUAAACCAAGUUUCAGUCUUUCACACAAUUCACACGCUGGUGGUGAUGAGCUACAAUGUAGCCACAGCUGCCCUGAGGCACCACCGGUUCCUCUCACCAAAAACUCAGAGAAAAGCAGAAACAGCAGCAAUAGUUUGUUAAAUCAGACUUAAGGGGGGAAAGAACAUUUAAAAGUAUUUAACAUUGAAAUAUGAGGGUAUGUACUUUAACGUCGCUCUAUAUGUUGAUUACAUUGUAUUGUAGUACAGCUUUUCUUUGUGUUUUACUGCUUUCCUCCAGAGCCAGCUGCACGGGGUCUCCUGCUGUGGUAAUGGAGUGCAAUAAUAGACAAUUAAAAGUUAAUUCUUUACCUUGUAAUAAAAUAAGUUAUUUGAUAACUGCAGGACCGCUGGGUUGAAGAUUACUUUGUGGCUUUUUCCCCCCUCUAACUGGAAUUUAAUCUUCAUGACUGUGUGCCUCCCUCCAGUGAUUAUGGUUCAUGCUGAUGAUGCAGAUCUUCUGUCCCAUAAAGGAGAAUCUUCACGAUAUCAACAUGUCCAGGGUUUUCCAGCCUCCCCCCUCCACCCCCGCUGUCCUCCUCUGAGGACAGCCGUAAAAGUGUCUCUGGGGGGAAAUACUGCCAGAUUAGCAGGACAUGUCCUGCAAGUGAAUUCCCAUAAAAGAUGAGACAAGGGGGUAGUUCAGAUUUUUCAAACAAAGGUAGCAUUACGUGGAUGCUAACUGACUGAGUCACCUCCUUUUCUGACCUGGAGUAUUGCUUGUUUUUAUAAGACUUGCAUAGGUAACAUCAAAGUUUUCCUCUGAGUCACCGUGUGAUUCAUAGCUUUUGUUCUGCAUUUGCUGCUCCUGCACACUCCUGCACACCGAUAGCAUGGUGGCUCAGAGGGUUUCCGCUCUCACACUUUCUCCAGAGUGUCUUCUUUUCUUUCUGAGUGCCAUGUGUUUCAGUAGACCUCUCCCUCUCUCCCUCUCCAACUCCCCCCUAGCUGCUCUUCUCCCUACCCCUCCCCCAUCUAUGGAAAUGAACUUUGUGCCAUGGAUAUAAGGGUGAAAACGAGGUUUGCAACAAAUUUCCAGCCGUGCUUGCAAGACAGCCUCUUGGCUCAUUGCCAACAUUCACAAGUCCUUUCUAGCCAACCAGGAAUCCCUUAGCAAUCACCUGACCCCGAAUUCCCAGACAAAGAAAUGUUCAUGCUUUUUUUUUUUUUUAAGCGAUCUCCUCUUCACCAAGAGUGGGGGUGAAAAAACUCAAACCCCACGCUGGAUUAAAAGGGUAGCACGCUGGCUGUAUGGGCAGAGAAAAAGGCCAAAGUAAUGUCAGUGAUGAACACAAUGAAGGACCUAGAGCAGAACCAAACCAAGACUCAGGAGGAGGAGGUCUCAGUAAUCAAACACCCACAGCCUUCAACGCCACAGCAGGAGCCUGAACCUCAGCCGCACAGUCAGACUCUGUCCCGGCCUCCGUAUCAACAGCAAUCCCAGCCGUGUCUGCCCCAGCAGCAGCAGCAGCAGCCCACUGAGCCAGCUUCCCCCACGGUGGCAACCACCCCCGACCCCGUCGCCAUUGGAGUGGAAGACAAAGCCUCCCCCAAGUCUGCAGACGCUGAGCCUGAAUAUGAGGACGGUCGUGGUUUUGGCAUCGGCGACCUGGUUUGGGGGAAGCUGCGAGGAUUCUCGUGGUGGCCAGGCCGCAUCGUGUCCUGGUGGAUGACGGGCCGGAGCAGAGCUGCUGAGGGAACCAGAUGGGUCAUGUGGUUUGGAGAUGGAAAAUUCUCAGUGGUCUGUGUAGAGAAACUCAUGCCUUUAAGCUCCUUCAGUAAUGCCUUUCACCAACCAACUUACAACAAACAGCCCAUGUACAAAAAAGCCAUCUAUGAAGUGCUGCAGGUGGCCAGCAGCCGGGCAGGAAAAUCCUUCAUAACCUGCCCUGAAAGCGACGAAACAGAAACCUCCAAGUCGGUGGAAAUGUUGAACAAGCAGAUGAUCGAGUGGGCCAUGACCGGGUUUCAGCCCACCGGACCCAGGGGCUUACAGCCUCCCGAGGAGGAGCGUAACUCGGAGGUUUAUCCUGAAAUGUGGGUGGAACCGGAAGCUGCAGCCUACACCCCUCCUCCUGCAAAAAAACCUCGCAAAAGCACAGCUGAGAAGCCCAAGGUCAAGGAUAUCAUCGAUGAGAGAACGCGAGAGCGACUUGUCUAUGAAGUGAGACAAAAGUGCCGCAGCAUCGAGGAUAUCUGCAUCUCUUGUGGGGGUUUGAAUGUUGGCCUGGGGCAUCCUCUGUUUGCUGGAGGAAUGUGUCAGGGCUGCAAGAACUGCUUCCUAGAAUGUGCUUAUCAGUACGACGACGAUGGGUAUCAGUCCUACUGCACAAUCUGCUGCGGCGGGCGAGAGGUUCUCAUGUGUGGAAACAACAACUGUUGUCGGUGCUUUUGUGUCGAGUGUGUGGACCUCCUCGUCGGUCAAGGAGCCGCCCACGCCGCCAUCAAAGAAGACCCGUGGAACUGCUACAUGUGUUGUCCAAAGGGGGUGUUUGGUCUGCUGGAGCGCCGAUCAGACUGGCCCAGCCGCCUGCAGCACUUCUUUGCAAAUAAUCACGAUCAAGAUUUUGAUCCACCGAAGCUUUACCCCCCUGUCAUGGUGGAGAAGAGGAAGCCUGUUCGUGUCCUGUCACUAUUUGAUGGCAUAGCAACAGGACUCCUUGUGUUAAGAGAGCUUGGCAUCCAAGUGGAUCGCUACGUAGCGUCUGAAGUGUGUGAAGACUCCAUCACAGUGGGCAUCGUCCGGCAUCAGGGACGCAUCAUGUAUGUCGGCGAUGUGAGGAAUGUCACCCGCAAGCAUAUUCAGGAGUGGGGUCCUUUUGACCUUGUUAUUGGUGGAAGCCCCUGCAAUGACCUGUCCAUAGUAAAUCCUGCUAGGAAGGGUCUUUAUGAAGGCACCGGCCGUCUGUUCUUUGAGUUUUACCGGCUGCUCCAUGAGGCUCGGCCAAAGGAGGGGGAUGACCGCCCUUUCUUCUGGCUGUUUGAGAACGUGGUGGCCAUGGGUGUCAGCGACAAGAGGGACAUAUCUCGCUUUCUAGAGUGUAACCCAGUGAUGAUUGAUGCCAAGGAGGUGUCUGCUGCCCACCGUGCUCGUUACUUCUGGGGUAAUCUUCCUGGGAUGAACAGGCCUUUAUCUGCGAUGUUCACUGACAGGCUGGAUCUCCAGGACUGCUUGGAACACGGCAGAACAGCUAAGUUUGGCAAAGUGAGGACCAUCACCACCAGGUCUAAUUCCAUCAAGCAGGGUAAGGACCAACACUUCCCCGUAUACAUGAACGAGAAGGAAGACAUCCUCUGGUGCACUGAGAUGGAGAGGGUGUUUGGUUUUCCCGUCCACUACACGGACGUGUCCAACAUGAGCCGACUGGCAAGGCAGAGGCUCCUGGGCAGAUCCUGGAGCGUCCCCGUUAUCCGCCACCUGUUUGCACCACUCAAAGAUUACUUCGCCUGUGUUUGAGAAGCAGGAGAUGUUUGCGUUCAGCCAUUUAGGAACUACAGCUGUAUUUUUUGGUUAGAAAUAAGAGCCUUGAACCUCAAAUUAUACUGUAGUAUAAUUUGAAAGCGAAUCGUUGACGUAGAUUUCACAUUAUCUCUUGUAUUUAAAUUGCGACUCUUAUUCUAUUUAAGUUCAGUUCGACCUUUUAGCAGUGUUAUUGACUUGUUUAUUCGUCUGUGCAAGCUAUGCUCUUCUCCUCAAGACACUGAGACGUAAAAAUGCUAAACGUGUAAAAGAGACGGUAAACAUCAGAAAGUCAUCCUUUCAAGCGUAUGUGAAAUAUUUGUGAGCGUACUGUACGUCGGGCUGCCGGCCUGCCACCCGCAGCGCAGCCGAGCUUCCAGCUACUGAGCCUCACAGACGUGGAGAAGAAAAGAGGAGUUUUCUUCGUGGUCAGGAGAGCCGUUUCUCUGAAAAUCCAAAACACCAGAUCACAUAUACCUCUAUGUUUACAGUUUCUAUACACAGCUGGCGGUAAUAAAGGUACUACUGUAAUAUGGUUACAACACCAUGGUGCUCCAAGAUGAUCAGAAGCAUCAUAGCCCAUGUGGCACUAAAACUUUGGAUGAUGCAGAGCUCCUAAUCCUGUUGCUGGAAAGAUUUCUGUUAGAUAUUUUUUUACAUUUGAUGAUAAAACAUUAUUUCUGUGCUGUUUUCUUUAUUUGAACAGAAACACAAGAGGCACAGACUUUACAGGCUGUCCUCUUUUACAGCUUUUAUACUGUUUCUACUGGUGCUCAUUUCUUGUCUCAGCCUUGCUGCUCCCAGGCUCACAGCUGGGUCUGCACAAACAGAGAGUGAAGCUAGCCACAUGGGGAAUGAUGUUUUCUGUCGUUUUAAACGGGGGAAAAAAAACUUUUAAAAUCAAAGUCUGGUGAGCUACUUUUUCCUAGUUUCAUCCAGAUGAAUAUUACUGUACAACUGUUAGUAAGCGCUGCUGCAGGAGGAAGGCUAGCGUCCUCCUCCUCAGCAUCCGCCUCUCAGAUAACUUUCAGGUGCAAAUCUUCAACAUCAUGGUGCGGCUUGACUUUUUAUAGCAAUUUUGUGCUGUUUUAUCAACAAUAUAAAGCACUUUUAUAUGUAUACUUUUUCCCUCUUGGUUUUUUUUUAAAGAUUUUUGGUUCUUGUGAAUCGUUUGAUGAUGUGAACUGAUCUACCCUUGUGAAACACAUUUUGUAUUCAGUAGGGCUGUGCCAGUAGAUGUGUGGCUUUGAUAUGUGAAACUCCCGUUAUUGGACCGUGUAGAGUUGGUAAGUUGGCAUUUUGUAGUCCCGAACUUCUCCUUUCCGCCAUUUUUCGUAGUGGACUCAACUUUCAGCGCAAUAUGUCACCAUCCAAACUCAAAGAAUGUCUUUUUAUUAAGAUUGUAAACUACCAGGCAGAGUUUAAGAACUUUGUCGUCUUUCUGUUAUAUUUUAUCUGCCUUGUGAAGGAGAGUUUUCCUGUUUUAAAGUUUGCUCACAUCCACAACCUAAAUUCUCUCGAUUGCACGCUCAAAGAUAAAUCUGGAGGAUUUACGCGUCAUUUUGUCAAAAUAAAAAACUUACAAAGUGUUAGACAUAAAAGAGCCUAAACAAAAGCUAAUUAUAUCACUUGAUUGUAUCAUAUUUAAGAUUCGAAUUAGAAAUUUAAUUUCUUAGUGUAGUUAAUUUCUUAAGUGACCUUAUUGCCCUUGUUUUUGUCCUGAUGGAGACGCGGCACAAGCUCUGACGCUCUGUGAUCGUUUAACCAGACCUAUCCUCCAAUAAAACAAAUCAUCCCUUCAUCUUUGUACAUUUUUACAUUUUGUAAAUAGUUUUCCAGUUGCUGUUUUCUUUUUACCUUACGACAUGUACAAAUUUAAUUCUCUGUUAAUAUAUAUCAUCAGAAAAAAGUCAAGUGGUGAUUCAGAACUUGCUUUAAACAUGUAGGUGUGGAAAGGUCCCAGGUCAGCUUACUGGUUUGUUUGUGUCGAGAGUUCAGAUUUGAUGUUGUGAGCUUAGCUGAUGAACAGCUUUAAGGGGAAGCUUCACCGCACAGCCCUGCCCAGUGAUGGUUUUAUUUUUGCUUCUUUUAGCUUUUGUAAGAUAAAAAAGUGGGAUUAUAGGUGUUUCCAAUGGUGCUAAACAUUUGAUCUAAUCAAGAAAAAUAUAUUUGAUUGGAAAAUAAAUGAAAAUGUCUUGAUGAUGACUGUUUUAAGUUCCUUUUAGUAAUGGAAAAGACUUAUUAUUUUACUCGUACAAAUAUAUUAACAAAGGCAUUCUAACUUUGUACUUGAAAAAAUAUUGAAAAGUUUCUUAUAUUGUUUUAGACUAGAUUGCUGUAGUUGGUGCUUUUCUGUGGGAAAGUUAUGUGAGCAAAAACAGUAAAACCCUUUACUGUAGCAUAUAAAAACACUUCUUUAUCCUACAUUCCACAACAUAUUAUUCUCCACGUCACUUCUUUUAAAUGUUGCAUUGAAAUAAUGCAUUUUUGUUUUUGAAUUUUCAUGUUUUUAUAUUCACAAAUUUUUGUUUGCUGUUCAAGACAGGUCAAAUAUUGAGUGAUGCUGUCGACACUCUGACGUUUCUGUUGUUUUUGUCAUAAAUGUUUUAUGGCCUAUACGCUUUCCUUCAAAGACCAGUUUGUACAGCAAAUGUAGCAGCCAUUCUCCACUUUGACUCCCUCAUAUACUUCAGUUUAGUGUCCAGAGAGGAGAUAAAGGCUCUGUAUGUACUUGUGUGCUGGAGAACACUUGAAUAAAUGUCUUGUUUUUGUGCAAAAAACA